AUGGCGAUAACACCGAAGAUUCAUACAUCCAAGCAGUCAUCAUCUGUAUCUUCGAAACUCUCCUUUCAAACUUCACCGAGUCAAGUUUCUUCUGAAAGCUUCACAUCAAAAUCGCUUGCUUCUGAAGCUGUUACAGUAACACCAUCGGUUCUUUAUACUACCUCUUCAACUAUAGAUAAAAUCUCACAGGUGACUGCAAAAGAAAAUUCAACUUUAAGCACGACUAGCACUGUUACUUCCACUCCAAAACAAACUCGUAAACCUGGACCCAAAUUGCCCAACUGCGAUUACUGUUUGCCCUCUGAUGUUUUGCUUAUUUUGGCGGAAAACAAAGACUUUUACAAGAAUGAAUGCAACCGUGCAUCUAUUCUUCGCAACGCUGUACAGAAAACAACUAAUCAACGCAUCGAUUUGAAAGAACCGUGUGCUCAUGAUGAAGAAAAAAUUGUAUUCGAUGUUGGUGAAGGAACGUUGCAGCAAACACCAAAACGUGCAUAA